AUGGAUUUAACUGACACGGAUAUGAUAUGCAUGCGAAUAUGUGGACGAAAUGGUAUAAUGGAUGUUGCUGUGAUGGUUGAAAAGGAUAUUGUUGAAAAGCACCAUCAACAAAUUGUGAUUGGCCAAACGUUUGCCGAAGUGGGCGGUACGGGAGUGAUUGAAGGAUGGUGCACCAAUAGACUAGUCUUGUCCGGACUUAUGGCACUGAACGAGUUGCUUCUGCUUUUCCUUCCUAUUGGGACCUACGCUUAUAUUUCCGAGUCAUGGGCAAUGCUCACGUCUGAUCGACCUUCCUCACCAAAAUGUGUGGACAUACCCAGAAACUUGACGCUUUGUUACGGUAUACAAUAUUCAACAAUGCGUUUACCAAAUUUGUUGGAGCAUGAAACAGUGGAUGAAGUAAUAGAGCAAGCAGCUCCAUGGAUACCAUUACACCGGUUAAACUGUCAUCCGGAUACACAACUAUUUCUGUGUUCACUGUUUGCACCAGUUUGUCUGGCAACAAUGGACCGAGAAAUAUUGCCAUGUCAAUCUUUAUGUACUGCUGUCCAGCAGGGGUGUGAAAGCAGAAUGAGGCAGUACGGUUUUCCAUGGCCAGAAAUGUUAUCAUGCAAUAAAUAUCCAAAGGAUAAUGACAUGUGUAUCGGUGCUGUCUCGGAAAAGGCAACAAAUCUUAGUGAUACGUGUUCAUCCUGCAGUCAGGUCAGUACAUAUGAGAAUAUACUCGAUCAUUAUUGUCGAUCUCAAAUAGUAGUGAAAGCACGAAUCGGAGGCAUCAAUAAAUCAUAUGUGAGUGUGCGGAAGGCACGAUCGCUCAAGAGAUCUGAUCGGCGCAGAUCGGUAGGUCGAGAUACAGUCAUUCAUUUUUCUGCCAACCGCGGGUGCCCUUGUCAUUUCAGUGGAACAGGAGAUCCACGUUUUCUCAUCAUGGCUGAUCAGAAUGAUAGAGGCGAUUUUAUUGCAAACCUGAUAAUGCCCUGGAGAAAUACCGAAAAGAAGAGAGGAGAACAGACAAAGGAAUUUCUGAUUUCCGUAAAUGGGAUCGUGCAAAUGGGAUCUGAAGCGCAACUCACUCGAAAAACGCUCGUUAACCCGUUCCAUCUGCUUGAAUUUCGGAUAUCAAGAAUGUCAUCGAAUGAGACUAAUGUUAGCAAGUACACCAAUUCAUCGGCAAAUUACGACAGUGCGAAAAACUUCACAAUAUCAAUUUCAUCAGUGACGGGACACAAAUGGGAACAAAAUGUAACCUUAUGUGAGACUGUGGACAGUUUAAAGGUGAAAAUCUGGCAUCGCACAGGUCUCUACCCAUAUCAUCAAGGUCUAAUUUUCGACGGUAUAUCGUUAUCUGAAUUGUGUGGACAAACAUUGCUUUAUGAGCUUGGUAUCCGAAAUAACUCACUGCUGCGUCUAGUAGUCAUCACAAGAUCAGGACCGCUAGCAUUAGCAGUUCCUGAAAAACUUUCAACGGUCCCAUGUUCUGUACAAGCUGAACAGAAUAAAGGGGAUUGUUGGGAAGGAUUACGUUUCUUCGGUGAACAGAAUUUAGAUGAAAAUCGUCGAACUUUAUUCCGAAUGUGCGAGCUGCGACGGCAGAUGAAACAGAAUACUUCAGCGAAAUCGAAUGCUAGCGAGAAGCAGGUACUUUCGGCUCCAGAAGAUACGAGUGCUAAAGAAAGUUCUGCUGGUGAUACAGAGUGUGAUGACGAUAAAAGCUGUUCUUGUGGCGGUAUCAGCUCUUCUGCCAAGGUUUUCGAGGCUGCAGCACUAUCUGGAACAAAAAAUGGCGAUAGAAGAAUUCGCCAGAAUCCUAGCAGAGAAGAAACGUCAAACAUUUGCCAUAGCGAGUCAGUGAAUAAUUCUGCUCGCGACCGAUUACUUAUUAUGAUGCAUCCGCGUACCGCUUCGCCUACAACAGAUUUGAAUACUCAUUCUGAGGAUGGCUCCGAUUUCUCCUCUGGAAUGGUGGUUUGUGAUCUCAGUAACGAAUUCAGAAGUUUCAAAGCCGUGAAUCAGGAAUUCUAUUGUGAAGAAUUUAAUUCCUCAACGGCAGUUUCUAGAUUACGUGUACGCCGUAAACAUCAUGGAAUGAGUAAUGGAUCCGCAGCUAUUCAAAGAACUCGAGCCAGAAGCAAGCCAAGAAUACCGCUUGCAGCUCUUUCUCAUCAUCACAGAAGCUCAGAUGUGACUUCAAGUGAUGAUGAGCUUCCACAUCGACGCAUAACCGAAGCAAACUUUUCGUGUUCGGCAUUUCGACGUCCUUCAGCUGUUUCGCGAGCGCAGAAAGUCCUCAUUGGGUAUCAGUCACAGCAACGUUGCAGUGCAUGUGCUGUCAAAUUGAGCAACUUUUCAGUUGCAUUUCAAUGCAGGUGCGGGAAAACUUUGUGUGCUCGGCAUCGCCCCGCAGGAAUGCACACAUGUACCCGUGUUCGUAAACUGCAAGAUGUCAGCGACUGA